GCGUAGAUCGUGCGCGUAGCUGCAGUCAAGCGAACACGCUGUGGACGGCAUGGUUGUCGACAAUGACUACCAGGGGCAUAAGGAGGAAGAAAUCUUCUCUCUCGGAAGUUAAAGUGGCUGUGAUUGGCGCGCCUUCAGUCGGCAAAAGCGCUCUAACCGUCCGGUUCCUUACGAAGCGAUAUAUCGGCGAGUACGAUCAUCAACAAGAUAGCAAAUACAAGCAUGAGGCAAUGUUGGAUGGGGAACCAAUACUGUUUGAAAUUUUGGAUACGUGCCCUAAGAAUAUUGACGAGUUACCCGGGAACGAUAUCGCGCAGUGGGCUGAUGGCCUGUUCCUGGUGUACUCCAUCACCGACCGCGAAUCGUUCAACUAUGUGAAGAGAGCCAAGCAGAGUCUGCAGCCAGAGAUCCCCAUUAUCCUAGUGGGGAACAAAGCGGACAUGGUACAUUUAAGACUGGUUAGUCCAGAAGAAGGAGAGAUUCUCGCGAAAGACUUCGAGUGUAGCUUUGCAGAGGUGGCGGCGGCGGAACAGGUCACCCAGGUCGGAGAGGUCUUCCAUGAGCUCUGCCGGGAGGUGCUGGCAUUGAGGAGGAGGGCCAAACACAGUCUGCUGGACAGAAUGCUCGGCUCCAAGACAGCCUACAGAGUCUAUUCUAGGGGGAAAAGUGAUAGUGCAUUGCCAAAGGAUUAGUGGAAUACUGAACUGGAACUGUGAUCGGACUUGCUUGUUGAUAGUGAAGGAUAUUUCUACUUCGUCCACAUAUAUAAGGACACUUCAAUGUAAUGUUCUUAUUUAUCGGUGACGGUUGUAUGUUGUUGUCGAUUAUUGAUAUUUUCGAAAGAACUUUUAGCUACAACGAAAGUGCAUAUUUAUAUUUAUAUUUAUAUUUAUUGUAUUCACCGUUUCCUUUCAGGCAAAUUAUGGGUAUUGUGUCCAAAAGGAAAACGUAACACUUUCUAAAUAAAAUUAAUCUUGUGUAGCAUAAUUUUGUAGUACCAUUUUUUUAGUUUACGCCAAGAAAAUACAUUGAUAUAAAAAUGCAAUGGUGGCGCUAUUCAAUUCAAUUGUCUUUAUUGUAUUCAUGGUAAAAUACAGGUCACACAAAUAAGUAGAGGUACAACAUGGAACUACAACUCAUUUACAUUAGGAUUAAUAAUGAUAAAAUUUAUAAAAUUAUAAGAUGCAUAGGAUAGACUUGUGAGCAAGGAGCGCCUUCUUAAAAACCAAAGAUCACGAUAAAAACCCAAAUAUUGUAUAGGUUGCGUAGUUUGUAUGAGAAAAACCAGCAAUAUACUUCGAUACCGCUUUGGCGAACUGUUUGCCGACAGUGUGGAGCCGGCAAUAAAUAAAUAUAAUUAUUCUACUAAAAAUCUACUAUAAUUGAGCGUACCUAUUUCGUGAUUACAAUGCAUUUUUAUAACGUUAUAUAUUUACAAUAUCACAUUUAAAAAAAAACAAGCGUUUUUUUAUUAAACCGGCCAAAGAGUUAUUAAUUUUAGAUUUAUAAUCAAUUCAAAAAUUUAUGAUUGUCUACUGCUUUCAGGUUGUGACUAUGGUUUGGUUAGUUUGUAAGUUAUCCUUACAUAUUAUAAAAAGAAGUCCCCAAUUAUGUCGCGUCUAUUUGUCUGUGUGUAUGAACGCGAAAAACUCAAACCCUUCCGGACGGAUUUUUGUACGGUUUCCGAUAGUGUGCGGUUCCUGAAGAAGGUUUAUGUCUAUAAUUUAUUAUGGCUUUACCCAAGCGAAGCCGAGACAGGCUGCUAGUUAAUUAUAUUUGUGAAAAAGAACUAGCUUGAAUCGGGUACCUAUGGUGCUGUAUUGUAUACACAAUUUUACAACGUUGGCAUAGCCACACAGCUUUUGGCACAGUAUUAUAAAAAAUGAUUACCCCAUUUUUAUGAAAAUAAAUAUUAUUUACCAAUGUAGAAUAAAGAGGCACAUAGCAUAAUUGAAAAUGACUACGAGAGGUUUAUUGUAUUAAUUAAAAAAUGUACUUCAAUAAA